AUAAAUAAAUACUAUUCCUACCUAUAGGAAACAAAAUUAUAACAAAUUAUUAAAAUUAAAUUUUAAUCAUGUUUUACUGUCGUUACUCAUAGAUGUUAAUUGUUAAUUGUUAUUAUAAUUGUUAAUUUUAUACUGUUCACGUUUUAAAUUGGGUGCAAUCUAUUUGGUUUACUAUGAAUCAGUUUUGAUUUUUUAUAAAGUUAGAUGUAUUUUGAUAUCGGUAAUAUUUGUAAUUAUUUGUAGAAUAUGUCUGAUAUUUUCAAGUCUGCUUUGGACUACUUUAGUAGUAGUUUCUCAGCCGAAAACAACGAUUAUGUCGGUUCUAAUGUAGAAUUGGGCAAUGUUAAGCUAAAGAUAAAAAGACUUAUUGCUGAAGGUGGAUCAGGUAUGGUGUUUGUAGCCCAGGCUCAAGAUACUGGUAAAGAGUAUGCGUUAAAGAAAUUACUUGCAGUAGAUGAUGCUGCUGAUAAAGUUAUUCUUAAUGAAAUCGAUGUACUUAAAAAACUAUGUGGUCAUCCAAACAUAAUACAUUUUAUGUCAGCAGCAUUUACAAGCAAAAUCGAUUCGCCUCGAGGAUCAAAUGAGUAUCUUAUUCUAACAGAAUUUUGUCCAGGAGGAAAUGUUGCAGAAUUAUUAUCAGCUAGAGACAAACCUUUACAUAGAAACAUUGUCACUUCGGUAUUUUAUCAAAUGUGUUCAGCCACACGACAUAUGCACUGUCAAAGUCCCCCUCUCAUUCAUAGAGAUCUAAAGAUUGAAAACUUUUUGAUCAGUGAUGAUGGUAAAAUUAAAUUAUGUGAUUUUGGAAGUUGUACAACAAAAGUUUACAAACCAGAUGAAAAUUGGACAUCACAGCAACGAGCUAUCUUAGAAGAUAAACUCAACCAAUGUACGACUCCAAUGUAUCGAGCUCCUGAAAUGAUUGAUACUUGGUCUAACCAUGAAAUUGGUACAGCGGUUGAUGUAUGGGCUUUAGGUUGUAUUUGCUAUGCUUUAUGUUGUAAUCGACAUCCAUUUGAAGAUUCCAAUAAACUAGCAAUAUUAAAUGCUAGAUUUUCAUGUUCACAGUUCGAAAGUUCAUAUACUGAUUUUAUCACUAUAAUAAAGGGAUGUUUACAACCAGAUCCUUCCUUAAGAAUGUCAGUUUUUGAAUCAUUAAAGCUUAUUGAGUGCAUUAAAGAAAGAUAUAAAGUUAGUAUUGAUUCAUUAGAUGUCAACAAAUUGAAAUCUGAAGGAAAACCAUUAGAACAUAUUGGAUCUAAUAUUUCUGGUAUUCCACAACAGCCAGUAGUAACAAAACAAUCAGCAGUAAAUAUGCCUAAUUCAGGUCUAUUUUCUCAAAUACGUGGUGGAGCAGGAAGUUUUUUAAAAAAUCUAAAAGAUACAUCUAACCGAGUAAUGCAAACAGUCCAAUCUUCCGUUAAUGUGAAAGCUGGUAUAGACAUGGUGUUCAUAACAUCAAAAUUAGCUGUGUUAACUGUUACUCAAGAUGCAAACUCAGAAAAUAUUGCUUCGUGUUUAGACACCAGACAAUGUCGUUUGUACAAUAUGACAGGACAAUCAUAUCCUCGUACCAUUGGACGUUCAGUUGUGAUAGAGCUUCAUCCAAAAACAAUAACAUGUCCUACUUUACAUGAAAUAUAUGCAGUUUGCGAAGACAUGUAUAGUUUUCUGGCAAAAAAUUCCACAAAUCUUUGUGUUAUUGUUCAAUCAACUGAAAACUCUGGUACUUCUACAUUAAUAGUUUGCGCAUUUUUACUAUAUACAAAUGCAUCAGAUACUGCUGAAAAUGUUAGUACAAUAUAUGCUGUUAAAAAGUCUACGCCUAUUUUUCAGCCCUCAGAAAAUAGGUAUUUAAACUAUAUAGCGACUGAACACACACAUAAUAUUGACUCAAUUAAUAUAAGAAGACUUAUUAUGGAGCCAGUUCCUCUUUUUAAUAAAAAUCGUGAUGGCUGUCGUCCGUUUGUAGAAAUUUUUGAAGGUUACAAUAAAGUUUUAACUACAGAACAGGAAUAUGAACGAUUAACUUUGUAUGAUAUUUCCCAUGGAAAGGUAUCACUUGCCUUGAAAUCAUUACCUGCUGGAAUUCGAAAUGACAUCACAAUCAUUGUAUACCAUUCUAGACAAGUUCUUGGACGAACUGUGCCAAUUAAAAUAUUUCAACUACAGUUUCAUACUGAUUUUUUAAUAUUCCCUGAUGGUGAAGAUAUUGUUAUUGAUUUUACUAAGAGUGAAUUAGAUUUCUUAGCGAGUUCUGAACACUAUCAGAGUAAUAUGUUUCAUGUGAAAAUUGAAAUGGAACAACAUAAAAAUGGAAUCUCAUUACAAUACAAAACCAGAGAUAAUAGUAAGAAACCUGAUUUACUGUUCUCAACUUCUAUUGAGAAUACUCAGUUUCAAGAAUUGUUUCCUCAGGGAAGUAAAAAAAAUAAAACAUCACCGCUUGUUCAGCCAAAAGAACAAUCAAAUGUUCCUAUUCGAGUAGCACCUCCAAGACCACAUUUACCUCCAAAGAUUGAAGUUCAAUCAAAUAAACCAAACGAAGGCCUAUUAUUAAAUUUAUCAUCAGUUUCAAUAGAUGAUGAAUCAGAUGCAUUGAAAUCGGAUAAUUUAUUUGAUUUAUUAGGAUCUGAGUCUGAGAAGACUGAAUCUAAAGACUUAUUUGGAGGAUUUGUAAAUGCUUCAAAUACAAGCAAUGAUAUUUUAUUUGAUCCAUUUGUUUCAAAAACAAAUUUAAAUGAUGGCGAUUUGUUAAAUUUAAAUGACCCUAACAUUCAUAAAACAAGCAAUUCUUGGGUUAACCAAUCAGUCCCACAAGACAUAACGAUGCCUAAUUCUGUGAAUGGAAGAAGCAUUUCAAAUGGCAGUAGUUUUACUUCUACAAAAUCCAAUGUUGAUGAUUUUGAUUUUUUAAAAACUGAUAACUGGAUGAACUUCUCAAGCCAUUCACAAACAAAUAGCCCUACAAAGUCGGCUAAGACACCAGCUGAACCUAAUUAUAGUGGUAUAAACAUUGAAUCAGAAACAACAAAAGCUGCUCCUAAAUCUGGUGGAGAUAUUUUUGGUGACCUUUUAGGAAGCCAAGGAUACACAUUCAGUUCAAAACUUAAUCCUGGUCCCAAAACUAUUAAUGAAAUGCGGCGAGAAGAUUUAGUUAAAGAAAUCGACCCAGAAAAGCUAAAAGUUAUGGAAUGGGUUGAAGGGAAAAAAGGAAAUAUUAGAGCUUUGCUUGGCACACUGCACACAGUAUUAUGGGAAGGCUCUGGAUGGAAUUGCAAUCUUAGUAAUCUGGUAACUUAUGCUGAUGUAAAAAAAGCAUACAGAAAAGCAUGUCUUGCAGUACAUCCUGAUAAGCAAACUGGAACUUGCAAUGAAAAUAUAGCAAAACUAAUUUUUGUGGAACUGAACAAUGCUUGGUCAGAAUUUGAUAAUAAAUCAAGUUAGUGAAGAUGUGUUUUCUGUAAAUAACUAUUAAGAAUAAUGUUUAUUUAUGUCAAAAUAAUAGCAUAAUGUAAAAAAAAAUAAUUAUUUAUUUUUCCCAUGUUUCUGAAACUUUUUUAAAUUUUUAAUCAAAUAAAGCAUUAUAUUAGUUUAUUA